AUGCAUCAUUUGUAUCCCUUGGCUAAGGGAGAUGCUCUGUGCCCUUUGGGAUUCCAUCCUCAAGUAAGGUGGCCCACGCGCUGCAAAAGAUGCUUUAGGGAUUACAAAGAACACGGUGGUCGGAAAAGGGAUGAUGAUUUCACUGCAUCCACCCCCAGUCUCUCUUACUCGCCAGCGUCACGAGGCCGUGAUGAAGAUAAUGGAACAGAGGGAGAGAGAACUGGCCGAGGCUGGUCUUCAAGCGUUAACCUCAGUUACAACGAACCUGCUAAGAAGGACAGUUCGACGGGUAUGUAUUAUUAUAAAUUUCUCAACUUUCAAGAUUUAGAGUCCAAUCACAAACAAACGCGAUUUGCCUUGCGUCUUUUGGGGUCAAGCAAACCCGGAUUGUGGACAUCCACGCCUGACUUAGCAAACGAAGCAGAGACUGCAACAGCUGUCACUGUUAACCUUAAACUGCCGAAGCGAAGGUCCACGGGACCACUACCUUCGUUGGACACAGGACAAGGAAAUGAAUCAGUAACUGUACGCCGACCAUCGCCGUCACCCUCACCGGCUCCGGCGGCACCGGCCACUCAGAUCACAAUCAACAAAAAUGACUCAUUGGCAGAACGUGUGAGAAAGAUGCAGUUAAUGAAAGCACAAAACAGUUUCGAGAAAGAAUCAAGUACGGAAAAGGAACGCGAAAGAAGAAGUGCUUCUAGAAGUAAAGAAGAAGAAAGGAGUGCUCGGGCUAAAGAAGAAAAAGCAACUGUUAAAGAUGAUGUUAAUUUUAUGAUGCAGGUUAAAAGUAGUCGCAAUGCACUCUCAAAACCGCCAAAACGUGGAGGACCAACUCGUGAAAAGGAAGAAACAUCAGAUGACGAACAUAGUCUCACUGGUACAGCCACAACAGACACAGAAACAACACUAAUUGAUGCUAAUGUUAAGGAAUAUCAGGACCAAAUUGAGAGCCUAAAACAAGAGUUAGACCUUCUUAAGAAACGUUGUGAACGAGUUGAAAAAGAAAAAAGUGACAUCCUACUUAGAAGGUUAGCAAACAUCGACACGGUAAAUAAAUAUUCUAUUGGGCGAUCUUCAGAAGUUUUAAAGCUACAACAGAAGGUCAACGACCUAACAACUCAGAACGAGGAUUUGAAAGACGAAAAGAUACAUUUGUCGCUUAGGAUUAAAGAAGUUGAGACGGAACUUGAGUCAAGACCAUCAGCUGAGGCACAGACACGGCAAAUCGAACAGUUAAGAGCGAAAUUGAUUGCCGCAGAAACAUUAUGUGAGGAACUUAUGGACGAAAACGAAGAUAUGAAGAAAGAACUCCGGGAUCUUGAGGAAGAAAUUGAAGAGAUGCAAGACAAUUUUAGGGAAGAUCAAGCAGACGAAUAUACCUCUCUUAGACGUGAGUUGGAGCAAACAAUCAAGAAUUGCAGAGUUUUAUCUUUCAAAUUAAAGAAAACAGAAAGAAGAAAUGAACAAUUGGAACAAGAGAAAGUUGAUCAGGGAAAAAUUAUUAGAGAUGGCUUACAACGUGAAAACCGUAUCAAAGAGCUGGAACAGGAAGUGUCGCGUUCCAACGAAGUAGCCUUAAGGCUUCAGCGGGAAUUAGCUGAAGCGAAUACCAAACUCGUCGCUGCCUCGGGCGCUCCACCAGCCAAUCUCAAAAAGCAACCUAUUAGUGACGGACAAAAAGUGUCUCGGUCAUCUUUAACCCGAGGAGGCAGUCAAGAGGACCCCGCUCAAUUAUUACGCGAUCUACAAGACUCACUCGAAAGAGAAGCAGAUUUGAGAGAGCAACUACGCAACGCAGAAGAAGAGGGUUUUAAUCACCGCUUCAAAGGCAGCAUGACCGCUCAACCGAAGGCAUCAUCACAUCAUUCUAUUAACCGAACUGCCAAUGAUAAACAAUACUUUCUAGAUUUUCAUGAACUAGAAAAUAAAUUAGGGACCUUAGAUUUUAGUAGAUUACUAUCAAUUGGUGUAAAUCAAACUAUCCAAUGUCCUCAAGAUGCAGUUCUGAGUUAUUCAGAAGGCUGUCAAACAGAAACCUUAAUGGUACAUGAUGUUGAAACCGAUACUGCUAAGAUAUGUCUUAAUUCGUGUAUACAAAGCGAUAAUAAUACAUUGGAAACGUCAACUCAAACUGAGAAAAAGUUCUCUAAAAAUAAAGGUUUGCAGACUGAAACUAUCGGAGCAAAUGUAAUAACGCAAACUGAAAAACCUAAGCUUAAUAGUACAGGAGUUCAGACGACUAAACUAAUUAACGAUAAGUUCGUUGAAGCCAUAUCAAAUCUAAAAGUACGUAAUGAUUCAGAAUGCUUUAAUAAAGAAACGCAAACAGAAGUAUUCGAUAAUAGGGAAAAAUCAGAUAGUCCUCCCCUGUCAGCCGAAAAAUCAUCGUCAUCCGUUCAUGUGCCCUUUUCUUUUGCAUUGUUUAAUCCAUUGGCAGCGAGGUUACCAAUUGCAAAUAACUUACGUAAAACAGCGUCAAGAGUUGAGGACGACAAUGAAUCAUUGCUACUACAAUUGAAGAAAAUGGCUACCAAAGCCAGAAGUCGUAAAUUAUCACCAACAGCCCCAACAAACAGACUUGCAAUUGAAGCCCCCAACGAGAAAGAUGAAGGUAUAUCUGAUGAAGAAGAUCCAGCAGAGUUACGUCUCUUGCUUGAACUUAAUGAACAGGAAGCCGCCGUAUUACGCAAAAAAGUAGAAGAUUUGGAAUUAAACAAGGAAUCGUUGAAAAAACAAGUUAAAGAGCUUACGGAAAAAAUCUCAAAUGCGGCGACAAAAACAAAUGCCAACACCGGUGCUGCAUUACGUCGAACAACGAAUAAAGGCAAUUUAGCGGAAGAAAAAGUUAAAGUACUAGAAGAUGAAAUCGCUGAACUUAGAAAUAAACUUAUCGAAAAGGAAAGGGACUGUGAAAGAUUACAUGCAGAGUUGAGUCUUGCUCAGAAAAAACCUAAGGCAUUAUUGAAUAAGAGCAAGUCACUCGAUGGAGAUCAACAAAAUGUCGAUCUUAAACGGCAACUGCAAGUUAUCGAGCAAGAGGCAAGCGUAUUAAGAACUAAAACGCAGAAUCUCGAGGCCGAUAACGAGAAACUGCAAACAGAGAAUAACAGACUGCAGUUGCUUAAAGGAGCAAAGUCAUUAAAAACAGAUAAAUCGCUAGAAGUAACAACAACAAAAGUCACUCAACUUGAAACGGAACUAAAGGAAGCUCUAGCAAAAAUAAAAGAACUAGAAACGACAAAGGAUGAAAAAUCUGAAAAGAAAGUACGAUUUAGCAGUGAAGUGUCUAAAAAGGAAGCUGACAAUCUUAAAUUGAAACAAGAGGAAUUAGACAAAUUAAAAUUAAGUUACAAUAAGCUUGAUAAAGAAAAAGUCAAACUCCAAACGACACUUAAGGAAUUAAAGGAAGAUUCAAUUAAGACUUUCAAACCAAGAACACCGAAAAAAGUGACAGAUUUAACUACGAAACUACAGUUGAAGAGAAUGGUUGAUGACUUGGAAAGUGAAAUAGGUGAACUAUACGUAGUUAUGAAAAAUGCUGGAUUAUCAGGAUCACUAGAUAAUAAAAAUACAACAAAAAAUAUAGAAGAAAUAAAAGAAAAAUUAUCAAAAAAAGAAGCAGAGUUUACGAAUGAAAAGAAUCGUUUGCAAACCGAAAUAAGCAAAUUAAAAGAUCUCAAUCUUAAAAUUGAAACUGAAAAGAAAUCGUUUGCAGAAAAAGUUAAAAGCCUCGAGUCUGAAUAUAAAACCACAGUUGCUGAAUGCAAAUCUUUAAAGGACGAAAAGAAAAAUUUGGACGCCCAGAUCACGAAAUUGACUGCUGAAAUGAAAAAGAAUAACUCGCAACAAACUGCAGUUUCUGACUGUAUGAAGAAAAUAGAAGAGUUGAAAAAGGAAUUAGACGUUAAGGAUAAAGAAAUAGAUAAAUUGAAAAAGCAUGCCGAAAGUUUAUCUAAAGUGGAACAAGAUAAGAAUAAGUUGUUAAAAGAGGUCGGUGACAAAACCAAAAAGCUAACAGAAUUGGAGAAGAAACUUAAAGAUGCUGAAGAUAAAUGCAAAAGAACCGAAAAGCUCUUGGCUACUCGCAAAGAUCGUGUUAGUAAAUUAGAAAAAGAGCUCUCAGAAGAAAAGGAUCUCAUAGAAGAAUUAAAAGAUUCAAAAAGACGAUUGUCAUUUGAAUUAACAGGCGAUAAAGAUGAAAUACAAACGAAACUUUUUAAAUCCGAAAGCAAGCUUGUAACUUUAGAAACCGAAAUGAAGGAAUUACAAGCAGAUUAUGAAAAUAAAAUAACAAAUUUAGAAUCUACUAUAGCCGCCAAAGAUAUUCACAUAAAGCAACUGGAAGACGCCUUACGUGACACAUCUAAUCAGAAAUACGACGAGGCAGUUUCAUCUGUUGAACUGGCCCAAAUGCAAAAUAAAUAUGAGAAAGCCGCUAGUCAAUUGAAAGAAAAGGAAGAAGAAUUAAAAACAACCAAAGAAGAUCUAUCGAAAGUUGAGAAAGAGUUGAGUGCAUUGAAAACUGAAAUUGCUCAGGUUAAAUCUACAAUUAGUAAAACGGAGAAUGAUAAAAAAGAUCUUGAAGAUAAAUUGAAAUCAGAACAAAAGGACUCGAAAUACUGGGAAAGUAAGGCGUCCGAAAUUGACACUGACUUACAGGCUGAAAGGAAGAAAGUUGAGAGAAUGAGAUUAUCUCACGACAAAGAUACGAAGAAUAAGGAAGCGGAACUGGCAACACUUAAAGGAAAAUUAAAACUUCUAGAGCAGUCUUCAGGUGCAGGUGCAAAGAGAAUAUCAGAACUUAAACAAGAACACGAGGAUGCUGUCAAAAAAUUGGCACAUAAUCUAGCGGUUGAAAAGGCAGAGUACGAAGAAUUGACCGUUAAAUAUGAACUGUUAGAAGAAGAACACGUAGUAACAAAAGCUAGAUUGACCGUUGAGAAGGAACAAGCUCAAGGAGACCUAUUACAUAUACAAAAAGAGUUAAAUGAAACGCUUGCACAGCUCAAGUCGUUAAAAGAAAGCUGCGCCACACACACAUCGACUUGGAAUAAUGAAAAAGCAGAACUUCAAAGAGAAAUAUCAUCUCUCCAAGAGCGAUUAUGUGGAGGUGGCUGGGAAGUUGAGAAAGCACGACUCAAUACGAAAUUAGAAAAGUUACAACGGGAGCUACGAGAGUCAGUUAAAAACCAUGAAGCAGUAGUACAUCAUCAUGACCUCGUGAAGAAAGAGCUGGAUGAGGCAAAACGAAAACUAGAGGAUUACGAGAAAGUAAGCAAAGUGCAAAGAACGCUGACAGCUGAUAAUGCAGAAUUAGAAAGAGAAAUGGCAACACUCAACAGCAGACUUGAACAGAUGGAGAAGGCAAGAAGGAAUGAAAUUUCGGAAACUAAGAUGAGGUAUGAAGAACAAAUGAACACGAUGCGUGAGGAACUAAAAUCUCUACAUAAUCAGGUAUCAAGAUUCAAACGGGAAAGAGAUAAUUACAAACAAAUGUUAGAUUCUGCUCAGAAAACGAUGUCAGAUAUGAAGAAUGGAAAUAAAUCAAAAACACCACGCAACUCAAUAUCAAGUACAGAUGAUGAGGAAUUCCGCAACAAAGUGGCGACAUUGGAGCAACAAGUGGCGUGUUUGGAAGACGAGCUAUGUGAAGCCAGACUGCUCUCUUCAAAACUAAAUACCGAAUUGAUCAGUGAACGAUCUUCUGCGGAAGUGCGUUUAGCUGAGAUGCAAUCACGUCUUAACGAGUACGAAGAAGAUAGGCUACUAUCAUCCGGGCGUGCCCGGGUGGCAGGAAUGGCGACUCGUAUGGAGCUGGCCUGGCACAAGGAGAGAGAUGAACAACAGAGGCUAUUGCAGGAGACUUCUACACUUGCCCGGGACUUGCGACAGACGCUGUUUGAGCUCGAGCGAGAGAGAGAGAAAGAGAGACUAGAUAUGAAGAGGAGAAUCGAUCAGAUCAAACGAACCACCGAAGAAGAGACUGAAGAAGCUAAGAAAAAGGUAGCAGAAUUACAGUGCGAUUUAUUAGACCUCCGGGAUGCACACGCAAAACUGCGUACGGCCAAUGAAAAACUGCGACGAGAUAAAGAGAGACAUGACAGAGAUCGGGACCAAAAUAAACUGCUCGUGGGAUCACUUAAACGUGCACAACAGGAAGAUGACCGUGUUGUGACACAACUUUUGGAAGCAAUAGAUGAGCUGAUCAAACAGAGUCCGGACUUGUUCAAAACUGAAACACCUAUCAGACCAGAGAAGAGUCUAGCGACACCAACGCCACCUAGAAGGAAUAGGUCAUCAAAGUCAAGAUCCCGUUCUGCAACUCCUGAGCAAUCAGCGACUGUAACCAAUGGAUCGACAGGUGUGCGUCUGCGCAUGCUGGCUGACGAAUUACGAGCCUCACGCAUCGCAGAACGACAAAGAAGACAAACCACUUCGAGACGUGCUAUGUCAACGGAGCCGCGAGAGACUAUGACGGUUACGGCAUCGAGAACUCCCUCGCGAGUACCCUCCCUGAAGAAACGGUCCAUUUCAUUAGAACAAACGACUAAAGAACAGUCUUCUAUAUGGAAAUCUGUGGAUGAUAGCAGCGUAUCUUCGAUGCAAUCGUUGGACGGCGAUGACAGACUAUUUACUAUGCAACGCGAUACUAGUUUGGACAGUCGUCUAUCGGGUGGCUCAGCCCAGAGUGAGGUUCUUCCAUCAGAAAAGAAGAAGAAAAAGAGUAUAUUUGGCAAAUUGAAGAAGCUCACUAAAUCUCGUUCUAUCGACGAUCAUGUGGAGGAGGUGGAAUUUAGACCGAUAGGGAAUGUCUCACAGCAAGGUUCCGAUUCCGAUAUGAGUGCGACAGGAAGCAAGCAGAACUUGCGCGGAAGACUUUCCGAUAUGUUCAGUAGAAAACAAGUGUCGCGUGGAAACAGCAAGGAACAAAGUCCAGACACGGGUUCCACCAGCGGGUCUCGCUCCAUUCUACGCAACGCGAGCUCAUCCACACUGCCUCGAUCAACAGUCGCGAGUGAAAUGCGAGCAUCGAGCGCAACGCCCGGUACGAAGAGAAAAGGAAAAUAA